AUCCGGUUGAUUUGUGUUAUUAUCCAAUCAUUAACGGCUAACGCUUACAGUUUCCUAAUAGAAAAUCAUCUCAAGCAUCUGCAAGGUUUAUCACCUAUCCAUUCUUUUGGAAAUCAACAGUACUUGGUUACUAUAGUAUUUAUUUCUUAUUCGACUAUAAUAAACUUUAAAUGCUUUAACUGUUGUACAUAUGUCUCCUUAUUUCGCGUGGUUCUUUUUAUUUAUCAGAACCAUGCCUAAUUUAAGAAAUAUAUCCUAAUAACAUAUAUCUAAUACAGAGACGAGUGAAACAAUUUAUGAAAUAUUCCGUUCGAUCUAGCAACUGAAAAUGAAUAGAUUCAAUGAAAAAUUUCAGGCCAAGGGUAGGCCUAAGGAAGCGCGUGACGUUUCCGAGGACUUGAUUCAAAAAUGGCGAGAUGCCGAAACAAUGGGAAAAGUUUUAGAAUGUCCUAGGUGCAUGAUGAGCUUUACAUCUCAUCUAGGGUUGUUACAACAUUAUAGACAUUGUUUUGAUAAUGUUAACAUUGCUGAAAAUAGUUGUCGAUAUAUGUGCCCAAGAUGCAGCUCAGAAUUUGCUAAUAGUAAAUCUUUAUCUCAUCAUAGAAGAUAUUGUCCAGGAGAUUCAAAUAAGAAACCAACGACUAAGAAAACAUCAAAGGAAUCACCGAAUUAUAUACAAUUAGAAGUAAUCUCUGACGAAAAGAAUGAAACUGUCAAGAAGACAAUUUACAUUGUGCCAGAAAGUUCUGAAGCAAAGAGGAAGCACGAUGAUGUAACUGAAGAAGUUACUGUAGAGACCACAAAGAGAAAAAGAGUGGAAGAAGACGUAAACGAAAGUGAAGACUUUGUGUAUGAAGAAGAAGAGGAGGAAGACGAUAAUCAAGCCGAACAUGCCUCUCCCGACAACGAUGAACAAAGUGUGAAGUCUGAAAUUGAAGAAACUGUUGAUCUUGCCACAAAGCAAGAACAGGGGAAUACACUGGUUGAAAGUGAGGAGAACUGUGCGUUGUUUUCCGAUGAGAAGCGAAUACAUUCAAAUAAGUCAGAUAGGAAGUAUCGGAAGUUUCAAUCCCCUUCUAUUAUUAGUAAUGAAAAGGACGAAAAUCGUCCUUCAUUUCGUCCACAAACAAAUUUAGUUAAUGUGGAAAACGCCAGCCUAUCUCCAGAUGUCGGAAAUAUUUCUAAUGUUUCUUCUAGUGAACAAUCUGACGAAAUAGGAGUUAAUUCUGAUAGUAAUAUUAAUUUAGAAGAAGUAAUGGAUACAAAUAAAUUAGUUGAUAUUGAAAAAAAACAAGCCACCACUACACCUGUGGUUGAUGAAACAGUAAAGAUUUUAGAAUCUAUUAGUCAAACUAUAAGUAAUUCCUUAAAGGAUAAGGAGAAGGAUAUUGACACGAAGUCAGUCUCAUCUUUUACGGACAAUGAAAAAUUAAUCUAUUCUGGUACAGAGAAUGAAAAGGCCGCUAAUUACGCUGGUCAAGACACUAGACGCGAUAAUAGAGAGUUAAACCCGAUGUCUUCAGAUGUCGCAGAAAGUACUAAUGAGCUAAGCGAUAGGCCAAGCCAAAACGAGACUUUUAGGUUAGGUGAAAGCAUAAGUCAAACCUCUCAUGAACAAAAUGAAGGGGAAUCUAUAAUAGCUAUAAACAAACCUGAUAAGACGGGGAAAAUCAAAUAUAUAAAUGCAGAGGUAUGUCAAAAUCGAUAUACUUCAUCUGGAAAAGCGGCAAAAAAUAUAGAAACCUCUGAAGAAGUGGAAACAUUGCAAGAUGCACAAAUGGACAUCUCUGUAACUAAGAAUAAAACACGGGGUCGAAAACCUAAAGUUAAGAAGCAAACUGUCGACUUACACAAAGAUGAGGAAACUACAGCAAAUUCCUUCGAUAAAGGUAUAUUGAAAAAAAAGACUAGGGUUACUAAAAAACCAGAAGAUAUUUCAACACAAAAAGGUCGUUGCAAAGCGGAGGCCUCGAGAUCUACAGCAUCUAAAACUGAAAUGAAUUGUUCGAAAUGUGAUAAAAAAUUCGAUAAAAAGUCAUUUUUGGCUGAUCACUUAAUGAGGAGACAUUGUAUAUUACAAGGUGAAUAUAACCCAAACAAAUGUAUAAAGCUUCUAAAGGUCCUUGAAUGUGAAAAAUGUGGAAAAGAAUUGAGGAGUAUGACAUACUUCAAAUUGCAUACUGAAUGGUGUGGACGAGAGAAUGAAAGAGAACAGUGCAAUAAGUGUAACAAGCAAAUUCAGAAAAUGUAUAUGAAAAUGCAUAUGGCUGAGCACAGAAGAAGAGAUAAAGCUCAUCAUGUAGUAGAAAAUAAACCAACAAUCGAAGAUGAAGAAACUGAAGGCGUUAGUGUUAAAAGGAGAGCUGCCAAAAGAGCACUAACAACAUUGCAAACAAUUUCGGAUGAAGCUAGAGCGACAAAGAGAGCCAUAACUGCUUCCAAUACAACUUUGGACGAGAAAUUUUUAGCAGUAAGAAAGCCCAUCGAGAAAAAGAUGGAUUCUGAUUGGAAAAACACUCUAAAAACGAAGGGGACCGUAAAAUGCAAAUAUGAAUCUUGCAAUGAGUAUUUUUGUGAAUACGAAAAGGUAGUUGAUCAUUUUAUACAUGGACAUCGGUCAAAAAUAGAAUCUGAAAAGUUCUUCACUUAUAAAUGUAUCAAAUGCGACAAGUCAUUUACAAGUAAGAAUGGCGCAAAAUAUCAUGUAGAGCGUUGUGCGUUAUGGGCACAAGAAGAGCAAAAUAAAGAUGAUACCGAUACUUCAAACUCUGAUUCUAAUGAGGUAGAAUCAGAUUCCGAUGUAGUAAAUAUGAACGACUUAGACUCUAGCGAGGAUUCUCAAUUAUCAGGAGUUGACGAAAAUAAGCUAUCAGGCAUAGAGUCAGAAGUGUCCAGUGCAGACGAAAAAGAAAAACAAGCAUCAAUUGGAGUACGAAAGUUUUAUGAGGACUUCUUUUGUAAAAAUCUGGCUAAAAUUAGUAAAAAUUGUGAUCUCUCAGCAAGAGACGCAAAAGAAUUUAUUUCAAGAAAUAGUUGUUCGGAAAUAUAUAAAGAUUGGAAAUUAACCUCGGAUGACGUAACUUUUUGCAAUGAAAAUCUGGCAAGAAAAUAUCUACCAUCCUCUAACUCCUCUCUAGGAUUUUCUAUUCGUAAAGGAAAGAGUAAUGCAUCAGAAAAUAUCUUUCUUGAGAAAUUUGAUGCUGUUGAGCAAGGUCAAUCAGCAAUAGCCUAUACUGGAGGUCCAAUCUUCUCCGGAUCUUGGAUUCCGCUUCACGUCAAAGACGCAAAAGUGAAAGAAAACCAAUUUGCUGCGAUUACCACAACUAAUGAAUAUGAGGUUAAAGUUCCCAACAAUACUUUAUAUCCUUGUAAAGGCACAAUACAGAUAUGGAAUUUUGGAGAUUUAAACGGCACGAGUGUCAAUCAGAAACCAAAACUUGAAUUUUGUAUUGGUCAUGAACUUGGUAUAUUGUGGAGCACAAAAUUUUGCCCAUCGGGUGCUUAUGAUGUUAUUCAUUCAAAUAAAGAUAAAUUACGAAGGCUUGGCUUACUCUGCGUAGGUGGUAGUCAGGGUUAUUCGGCAAUUUAUAGCGUUCCCCAUCCUGAUUCUCUUCAUGGGCUAAAACUAUCACCAAUACAAGUUCCUAAAUUAUGUCUUUUUAAACCAUCAAUACUUCUGCUUCCCCACUCAGAUUGUAGAGAAAGAAGUCAAGUAACUUGCAUUGAUUGGAGUUGGAAAAAGAGUCACUCUAUUUUAAUAACAUCUCAUGUUAAUGGGAGUAUUUGUGUAUUUAAUUUAAAUUCUUCUUCCUUAUUGCAACUGAGCUAUAAAAGCUGCAAGGCAGUUUUACCAGCUCGUGUUUUGUCGGCUCACAAUGGUGUAGUUCAUAGUAUUUCCUUCUGUCAUCAGAAAGAUUCUUAUAUCGGAUCAUGUGGUUCUGACAACUUGAUUCAAGUUUGGAAUUUAAAUAAGAUGGAUAAUCGACCGGUUAUAAGAAUAUAUAGAAGAGAAAAACCAAUAUGUAUACAUUUUCCUCUAAUGUGGAAUGCCUUUAUUUGCUCUUUCGAUGAUGCUCUUAACUACAAUAAUCCUAUACAUGGAUCUAUUUUCCUUUACUAUUUAGAAGAUCAUCCAAGUGAAUCGCCAAUUAGACUUCUACCAAUGAAUUCAACAACUUGGGCACUAACAAGCUCACCUUGGACAAACACAGCUUAUGUUGUAGAUGAAGAUGGUGUUUGUGCAGCCUUUGAAUUGGUUGAAAGACGGGGCAAGUUUCCGGAUAAAAUGCAAAGAAUUCUGAAGCGGAGAUAUAUAAUAUUUAGGAGUUAUCUUGAGAAAAUUAAGAAAGAGAGUAUAAGAGAUUUAGUCGUUCCUGUCGAACCUCUUAGCUCUAUGUCACCAUUUCAAUAUAAUAAUGAUGAGGAACCUUUCUAUGAGAGUAGAAAUGAUUUUAUAAUAGACCACACACUUCGGUACUACGAUGCAAAUUUCAAAACUGGUCAUGGGGCUGAAGGACAAACACAGAAUAGGAAUGUUAAUAUUCUGAACUGCUUCUCUAUGAAGUCCUUGCAUUUCUUAGAUGUAAAUCCUCAUAAAAAAGAAGCUAGGUGGAUUCUCACUGGAGGACAAAAUGGUUUAAUGCGCAUUAUUUGCUCUGAACAUAGAUAA